AUGGAAAUGGUCUGGGAUGGAAUUCAAACUGAUGUUUUCAUAUCGAGUUCUCCUGCACCUUUUAACCCAAAGAAACGCGAACAUGAUCUGAAAACUAUCAUAUCCUUGAUUUCCUCUGCAAGCCGUUCAGUGUGUGUAUCUGUUAUGGAUUUAAUACCCCAAACUCUCUACAUGGGUACUAAUGACAGUUAUUGGCCUGUCAUCGAUGAUGCCAUUCGCGCUGCUGCUUUCCGAGGUGUUUCGGUUAGACUACUUGUUAGUAAUUGGAGCCAUUCAAGACCUCAGGAGUUUGUGUUUCUGAAAAGCCUCGUUGCCAUCAAUGAUGCUUUGCCGAGGACUAGGCAUGGUAAAGGAGGCAUUGAAGUGAAACUAUUCACAGUCCCUGCGACGGAAGAGCAGCAAAAAAUUCCAUUUGCUCGAGUAAAUCACAAUAAGUAUAUGGUAACUGAUAAGGCAGCUUAUGUUGGGACGUCCAAUUGGGCCGGAGAUUACUUCAUUAACACAGCAGGUGUAGGAGUGGCUAUGACGAGUCAUGGCGAUGGUGGCAUUGUUCAUCAGUUGCAGGCCAUUUUUGACAGAGAUUGGAAUUCUCCUUAUGCUUCAGAGCUUUGA